GGGGCGCGGCGGGCACGGGGCGGCGGCACGUGCCGCGCGGGGCGGCUGCGGGAGGCGGCGGCGCUGAGGGCUGUGCUUGUAUGUGGAGGAAGGAGGUUGUACGCACUUCCUGGAAGUUCCUGAGCACUCGCCAACAUGGUAGUUUUCACAUGCAAUGCGUGUGGAGAAGCUGUGAAGAAAGCACAGGUUGAAAAGCAUGUGAACAUCUGCAGAAACUGUCAGUGCCUGUCUUGCAUGGAUUGUGGCAAGGAUUUCUGGGGUGAUGACUAUAAGGAACAUGUGAAGUGUGUAAGUGAAGACCAGAAGUAUGGUGGAAAAGGUUUUGAAGCCAAAACUAACAAAGGAGAUGCCAAACAGCAGGAGUGGAUUCAGAAAAUCCAUGAAGUAAUGAAGAAGCCAAAUAUAAGCCCUAAAGUGCGGAACAUCCUAGAGCAGAUGCGUGCCUUUGAUAACAUUCCAAGAAAAAAAGUAAAGUUUCAGAAUUGGAUCAAGAACAGUUUGAGAAUUACUGACAGCACUUUGCAAGAUCAGGUGUGGGACUUUUUCUCGGAAGCAACCGGAAAGGUUUCAAAUGUAAAAGAACAAGACAAACCACAACAGAAGGAAGAGUGCCAGUCUGCAGAAACUGAGGAAAAAACAGUGGCAGAAGAAAAUGGAAUUACAGAUGAUAAAGUUGAGAGGAAAAAGAAUAAGAGAGAACGAAAAGAAGAGAGACAAAAGAAUAAAAAGAAGGAGAAAAAAGAUUUGAAAUUAGAAAACCAGUCAGAGGUAAAAAAGAGUAAAAAGUCCAAAAAAGGAAAGGAGAGCGUGGAGAAUGAAUUCGAAACAAAUGGAAAUGGCCAUCAGAGUGAUGUAGAAGAGGAAACAAAAAUAAAGAAACGCAAACAUAAACAUGUAGAAGAGGAACCUCCUGUCAAGACAAAGAAAAUGAAAACUGAAAGCAUUUCAGAAGACAUGGAAACAGAAGACACAAAUGACAACGAAGAAGAUGCAGGAACUAAUAAAGGUAAAUUCAACUGGAAGGGAACCAUCAAAGCUGUUCUGAAACAGGCUCCAGACAAUGAAAUUUCAAUUAAAAAACUAAGAAAAAAGGUUAUAGCUCAAUAUUACGCAGUAGCUGGUGAACAGCAGCACAAAUCAGAAGAGGAGAUCCUUGUCACAUUUAAUAAGAAAGUGAAUAACAAUCCCAAAUUUAAAGUUCUGAAGGACAGAGUGAAACUCGUGAAAUAAAAGUUUGCAUACUUUGCUGUUGCAUUUUAAUCUUGCAGACAGAGUCAGACUUUUCUGUCACCUGUACAAAUACUAUGCAUUGGUCUCAAUUUAAAUGGUAUAUGUGAAAGCAGAAUUUAACUUUUAAUACUGGACUCCUCCUCUUUUUCAAGAUUUAUCACAGAAUGUUUUCAGAUACUUUAUUUUUUGUUUUUAUGGAAAAUGUAUAUUUUUUGGUACAAGUUUUAAGAGGCAUUGAAAAUAAUUACUGCCUACUGUAUUAAAAUUCUUACACAGUAAUAGAUAUAAUUUAUAGGCAUGAAUGUUUUACGAGGACCUAGGUUGUGUGGCUUUUGGAAGAACUUAUUUUAAGAACAAAUAGAAUUUUCAUAAUAAAAAACCCACUGUGGAAUAAAUGUUUUGUUAUGGUAAAAUCCGAAAUGGUGUGACUGAUAUCCCCUUUACACACUGUAGCUAGUGUAUGCAGGCUUUAAUAAACCAUUAAGUCUGUGUUGUAAAAUGCAUAAUAGUGUCUCUCAGAUUUGCGU